AUGAAGUGCACCCUGAACUUUCUGCAGAUGCCUUUGAGCAAGCUCCCCAAAGCUUUUGGGUUUGAUCACGUGACCCAAAAGGGAACGUUUCCUCAUUUUUUCAAUACCCCCGAGAACCAAGACUACGUGGGACCCAUGCCCGACUUGAGCUAUUACGACCUUCAAGGGAUAAAAGAAGAAGAUGCCCGCGCCCUACGUGCCUGGCACCAAGCCGAAGUGGCUCGUGGCACAUCCAGCCGUAUACUGCGCACCAAGUUUCUGGAGGAGAAGACUAUUGGACUGAUACCCACGCGCGGGUACCGUGGCCACGACGUGCAAUCUCUGAAAGCGUUGCAGUGGUUGAAGUACAUCGAACAUCGCGAGGGAGAAGGAGUGUUUAUUCAGCAUGCCGGGAACCGUGGCGAAGUGCGUUUGGCAGGUCGGAUCAAGGUGGACGGGUAUGCCGAGUCUACCAACACGCUUCGUGAGCAUACGCGCGCGGUGGAGUUGCGUCUUAAAGCUCAGGGGUACAACUACGAAGAGGUGUGGGAGUGCCAGUUUGACGCGCAACUGAACACGCACCCCGAACUGCGUGCUCUCGUGGGGGAUGUCGAGCACGGAAAACCUCUUGAAGCUCGUGAUGCUUUUUUCGGAGGAAGGACCAACGCGAUUCGACUGCAUUGCGAAGCCAACGUGGAGCAGUGCAAAGAGAUUCACUAUGACUUUACAUCGUUGUACCCGUGGGUCAAUGCCAUGUGCGAUUACCCCGUGGGCCACCCCGACGCGAUCCUUACCGAGAAUUUCAAGGAAGAUCUUCACGCGUACAAGGGACUGAUGAAGCUACGUAUUUUACCGCCUCGCGACCUAUUCUUCCCCGUCCUUCCUGUCCGUGUCAACGACAAGUUGAUGUUCUCUCUGUGUCACCGGUGUGCCCAAGUGGAAGAGCAAGGCUCGUGCACGCAUUUGGACGAGGAGCGGGCGUUCACGGGAACGUUGGCCCAUUGUGAAAUUUACAAAGUUCUAGAGAAAGGCUAUUGCGUGAUUUGUGUGUACGAGGUGUGGCAUUGGGAGCGCUGGGCACCGUUGUUUGAAGAGUACAUCAAGACCUUUUUGAAGUACAAACAAGAAACGUCGGGCUGGCUCGGCUGGUGCACCACCGACGCAGACAAGAUGCAGUACGUCGACGAUUACGAGCGUCACCAAGGCGUCCGUAUGGAUCCUAGCAAGAUCGAGAAGAACCCAGGCCUCCACUCCGUGGCAAAGAUGGGCUUGAAUUGUAUGUGGGGAAAGUUUGGUGAGCAGCCCAACCCCCAACGAACCGAGUACGUGGACGACCCCAAAGCCUACUUUGCUCUGCUGAACAACAACAGUAUCGAGGUACAUGAUGUGCUUAUCGUGAACGACGGCCUCAUUCAAGUUCACUACAGGCUGGGGGAAAAGUCUCAAGAAUUGAAACCACACACCAACGUGGUGAUUGCUGCCUUCACCACAGCGUACGCCCGCCUCAAGUUGUACGACGUGCUGAACGGCCUAGGGGAACGCUGUCUGUAUCAUGACACAGACAGCGUCAUUUUGUUACAUCGCCCUGGAGAGUGGAAACCACCCCUCGGGGACCAUCUAGGAGACCUGACGAGCGAGUUGGAGCCUGGAGACUUUAUCGAUCGUUAUUCGUCCACGGGACCCAAGAGUUACGGGUAUACCACGCAACGUGUAAAGUGA